AUGCCAAAGUUAGACGCUGCUGCAUGCAUUACACCACCGCGGAAAAUCUCCUGCACCGUCGCGGCAGCAAAACCGGUGAUUGCAAAAUCCUGGCUGACGCCCACGAUUGGCCUUUUGAAACCCCGGGUACUGAAGGGCCCAGACAGCGCAAAUGCUGCCCGUCACACCAACUCCGUCUCCUUGAAAUUCAAUCAAGAUACGAGGUCGUUGAGCACGGAGCCACUUGCCCCGCUGCUGCUUUCUCUGAAGCACGCCAUGGCCGGUCUGGAUGAAUCUUCGGAAUCGGAAUCUUCCAAAGGAAACGUGUGUGAGCGAUGGCUCAGAUGCCCAGCUGACGACGCCUUGAGGGAAUUAACCGGAGUGGACGCCCUGCCCGAUUGCCCAUGCACAUACUCGACAGCGUCGUCGAGAGCGGGACAAUCCCGGUGGAAAGAUGUCUCCCUGCUCGACGGAAAAUUGGAUAUAUACAAUCCCGGCGCUGCCAGAUGCAUCCGUUCCGAGCCCGCUCUGUCAUCAUCCGUCGACCGACACAAGUGGACCGGACUCAGCGUCCAGAACUGUUGCUACGACGAAGCAAACACGCUGCUGACCCGAGGAUCCGGCGCCGGGAGCCCACACUACGUGUCGCCGGAAAUUUCGCCGUCGCUGCACAGAUUCGUCGACAUCCUGCCCUGGUUGGCCUGCAAGGGUGACUUCACAAGGUUUCAUGCCAGCAGAGAACCCAACAACGGGAACCACUGCCCCGUGAACCCGGACGAGGCCACAUUCGCGGAACAAGUCCAGGCAGCGACGACGUUCUGAACCCGGGACGCGGACCCUGAAAUGCUGUGAUACAAUGCGCUUCGGGUGGCGUGCAGGCGAAUCCUCAACCUUGACUACCCCGACGCGUCUCAUGCGUUUAUUCGCUUCGUCGCCUCCGCUCCACUUUUCUGCAGCAUCCCCGGCCUUUUAUUCCGUGUGUCUGCUUUUUUUUAUUGUAUGUGCCGGGACUCUAGUAAAAAGCAUGUCCUUCAGCGUAAUAACAA